UUCCAGUCCUACGAGACGUCAGCUACUGCGGUGUACUCGGUACUUGUGAUGCUAGCGAUGCAUCCGGAAAUUCAGGAUCGUGUAUUUGAAGAAGUUCGUUCUGUAUUUCCAGACGAAGUCUCUUCAGUGGGGUACGACGAUAUGAAAAAAUUUCCUUACUUGGAUAUGGUCAUAGCAGAGACUUUGCGACUAGCUCCACCAAUACCGUGCAUUGGACGACAAACACUAAAUGAAACCGAACUACGUCCCGGUGUAAGGAUUCCCAAGGAAAUGCAAGUUGUCAUACCAAUUUACGAAUUGCAUAGGCGCAAAGAGAUUUGGGGCCCGGAAGCAGAUCGUUUUAACCCCGACAACUUCCUACCUGAAAAUAUUGCAAAGCGUCAUCCGUGUGCGUAUAUGGCUUUCUCAAAAGGACCGCGCAAUUGCAUAGGUUUCCGUUACGCAGAAUUCACAUUGCGCGUGUUGUUGAUAACUUUACUCCGCAGUCUUAAAUUCUCAACAACUUUUAAAUAUCAUGAUAUUGUUUUCAUGCCAAAAGUUACUUUGGGCUAUGAAGUGGAGCCGCUAUUAAGCAUAGAAGUCAGAGCUUGAGGUGGAUAGUCUUCAUUCGAUUUUAAAUAUAAGGAUUAAAAUAUUAAAUAAGAGGUUUAUUUUUAAUGGAACUACACUUUGUAAAAUUUAUUUAAAUAG